GGCAUUUUAUGAUUUUUAUGGCUCGUAUGCCAAUGCCAUGUUGGCUCUGAUGUUUGAUCUCUUGGAUUGGAUUGUCAUUAGAAAAGAAAGUCGUAUUGUACCUUUACUGUUUAACUAAGUUUUUGUUGUUGUGUCUUUAGACACGUGAUUUAUCUUAAUAAAUGCCACCGAGGAAAGUGAACAACAAGUUUAGGAGAUGUCAAAUAUGUGGAAUAUGCUCUGGCUCUAAUAGUGAAAAUAAUAAAAGGAUCUUUAUGUCAAGAUUUCCCUUGGAUGCAGACCGAUGCAGGCAGUGGGUGAAAUUAGUGGGAAAAGAAGAUUUAGCAUAUGUGCCAAUAGAGAAAUUACAUGAAUUGAAAUUUAUAUGUGGCAAUCACUUUGAAGACAAGGAUUUUAAUAAGAAGAAAAGUCGGCUCAUAAGAUCCGCCAUACCGUCUAAAAAUUUUUAUGAUGAUCCACUUCCAGAUGACAUGCUGAUUGAUUUUCCUAGUCAUGUUUUUUCAAAAAUAUACAUUCCCAAGAAUCAUGAACCUUCAGUGAUACGAUACAAGGGAGUUUCACAGUCCCAAGUAGACACCAUUGCUGGACCUUGUAACUCGGGGGUGUGAGGAAACAUAGCAAAGGGCUACAUCUCUGGUGGAAACAGACUAAUCCAGUGAUCCUUGUUAUCCAAAUUGCCCAGACACGGGUGCCCUGCCGUUGAUGGUCAUGAUGGUUUGAAUUUUCUCCGCCUAACAGUGCCUUCGAAGUGAAGUGCAAAAAUAUGAAGCAUUACUUGUUGUUUUUGCUAUUAGGAAUUUAUUUCCAUGGUUUAUGAUAGUUUAUUAUUAUUAAAGUAAUUUAUUUGCUAAUUUAUGUGUUUUAUAUUGUGAUUCAAGCAAAAUGUUAUUGUCAGUUGUCCAUCAAAUAGAUAUAUAGGCCUGCGUCUGUAGCGCUGUAUAAACAAGCGACAGAUGUAAAUAUAUGAUGAUUCCUGGCAACAAUACAAUAAACUGAUCAUUCAAUAAAGGUAAGUGUGGCUGCAGGGUAUCUAAGUGCUCAGUGUGAGUUCUAUACAUUUGUAACAAAUUAAUAAGUAGCCAAAAAAAUGAACGUUCAAUAAACACAAAACAAAAAUGUGUGUCUAGUCUAUAGUCCAUAUAUCGCA